UUAUGGCAACGUUCUGGAAGAAUAUGGAUUUUUUAUUUAAACGUUAAGUAUUACUUAACACCAACAAAUUGUUGACUAACACUAAUGGUGUUAUAAAAGUAACAUGAUACUAUCUAUCGUUAAUUAACUAAAACAUGUUUUUUUUAGGAAUCAUAGAAUAGGUACAACUAGAAGUUCUCAUACAACUAAAAACAAUGGCCUUCUUAACCAACCUACUGUACCCAAUUUUUCGACGAAACUCAACAUUUGCCUUGUUCAUAAUCACUGGUGGAUUUGCCUUUGCAAAAGUUUUCGAUUCUACAACCAGCUACGUAUUCUAUGACGUCAUAAACAAAGGAAAUGGCUUCAAAUAUCUGGAACCAAAACUUCUUCAAAUAAAAGCUGCGAAAGCUGCAGAAGAAGAUGAAUAACUGAAAUUCAAAACAACAUUGUUCCUGUUUAAAUUUGGAUAUUUAUUACUAUGUACCUGAGAAAUAUAUGAUUUUUGUGUUUGCUGAAAUAAUUCUGUAUUUGUAAAGCGAGUUAUUAAUACUUGUUGUGCUAGAUUGGUUUUAAAAGUUCGGAAAUUAAACUUUUUUGGCAAAUAUCAUGAGUUGAAUGAUUAAACAAUUGGUAUUAGCGAAACAGAAUUUUGGUGUAUAUGAAUUGCAUUUAUUUUACAGUAAAAUGGACAUAACUGUUAGGUAGACUCAGAUACUGGGUAGGAGCUGGUGUUGCUUGGCAGUGUAGGCAUGAACUGCUCAGAUGAAGAAGGCAGAUUGGAUACUUUGGAUAAGUUUCAUAAGGAUGAUGUAACUAAAUCAAAGGUCAUUCUUGAAAACAGACCUGGUUUUGUUAUUCCGUUGCCAACAGUAAAAGGUGGGGCCAAGUUUUCUGAAUUUGGGGGUACUGUGCAAGAAACUUCAAGACUACAGGCUUACCAUGAUGCAAAAGACACAAUUCUGUCCUCUUGGAAAGUGCGGAAGCUGGCAAACCUAGGAAAAGCAGAGUGGCUACCGGAAUAUUCUGUUGCAAAAAUCUUAAAGCAGGGUAAAUUCAUGCAAACAAAAAGUCAUUUGCAUGAAAAGGGUUUCUUAGCUCUCUUCCCCGAAGAAUGCCUUUUUCUUUUAGAUGUUGGAGACAUUGAACUGUGUUACAAAGGUUUAGAACUGUCUAUGCAGGAUGCCUAUACACUCCUCCUCUGUCCAGUACCCGAAAAACUGCGAUGUACAUUAGAUGAAUACCAAGUUUAUGCAUACCUAUGUAGAGUAGGCUAUCGGGUACAAAGGUACAGUCUUAAUGUAAACAAUGCUCUAUCGAAUAAACCUCUUGGUGUAUGUGAAAAAAAAUUUGAAACAAACCACGAAAACAUACAAACUUUGGACAAAAAACAUCCUUUAGAAGAGGAUCCUUUAGUCCAAAGUGAUUUAAAUAAGACAAAACGACAAAAGAAAACUGAAGAGUCUGAAACCUUCGCUACAAAAUCCGAUUUACAUAAAACUAUGGCUAAUAAUUGUCAAUAUAGACACUGGUGGCAAGCAGAUUUGAAGUCGAAUACCACUAAUAUGGUACGAAACACAGAAACUACUCCAAGUCAUUCCCACAAAUGCAGUUUUCCAAAUUUUGCAAAAUUUCAAUCUCUUACCCUAACCUUCCCUGAUAUAACAUUAUUACCAUUUGAAUUACAUGUUACUGNACACACUAUGCCCAAUAUAUGGCAUGAAAGAAUAAAAAGGGAUGAUACAACCACUAAUACAUUUACAGCUGCUGACUACUCGCACCCAAAACACAUUGGAUAUAUAGAAAUUUGCCGCAAGGCGAGCAAUUGGAGCCAAUACAAGGCAAUGGUUGCAGAAGCAGUUAAUUCUCGUGAUACAGAAAUGAAGAACCUUCACAAAUUAAUGAACAGUGGAAAAGUCAAACCUCUUAAUCAACCUAAUCAAGCACAUACCACAAAGUGCAUUCUUAACCAAUUAAAUGUACUUUCAACUGCUAAGGUACAAACCUCAACUGUCAAGCAAAGUACAAUGAAUGAAAUAAAGUUUAAUGUGUUUCAAACUGACACUGUGAAACCGUUUCGAAGGACUAAACCUGGACAACCAUUUUUGAGAGUGAUAAUCAGUGCGACACAACAUUACCUUCCCACAUUUUCUGAAAUUUGUGCAGUUAAUUGUGUCAGUGAUGGCAUUCCUGUGAAAAUCGCAAUUAUGGAACACGGAAAACCAAUAUUUUUUGGCUUCGAUAACAUUGACAUACCAACUGAUGUUUUUGGUUAAGCCAAUUUUUCAAAUAAAAACAGUAUUUUUUCUGUCAUUGCAUAACUAACUAUUUUGCAAAUGACAUUGCUUGGAAUUGUUGUAUGCAUGAUUUUAAACAACCUCAAUCGGAGGUCAUUUUUGAAUGUCAUUAAGUUGUACACAGAACUACUACUUCAAUUUACAUAACCUUGAUUUCUAA